CUCUUCUUGCUCAUCUCGAUCCCAGUCCACUAUAGUCUCAGGUGAUCAUCAUCUCUUGGAAGCUUGCUUCAGCAAUGGGGGCUCUGCCAAGGGCUCUACUCCUCGGCGUCUGCGCCGCCGCCGUGUUGCUGGCGAACGUGACCGCCGGUGCGGCGGAGGGCGGCGCCAUGGUCGUCGGCUUGGCCAAGUGCGCCGACUGCACCAGGAAGAACAUGAAAGCUGAAGCCGUUUUCAAGGGUCUUCGAGUGGCCGUCAAGUGCAAGAACAGCAAUGGCGAGUACGAGACCAAGGCCACGGGCGAGGUCGGCAAGUCCGGCGCGUUCGCCGUCCCGCUGGCGGCGGGCCUCCUCCGGGAGGACGGCGAGCUGAGCCAGCGCUGCUUUGCGCAGCUCCACAGCGCGUCGUCCAACCGGCCAUGCCCCGGGCAGGAGCCGUCGUGGAUUGCCACCGACGCCGAGAGGAACACCCUCGUCGCCGUAGCCGGCAAGACGACGACGACGGCGACGGAACGCCCGCCGGCGGAGUGCGCGUCGGCGUUCCUCUGCGACCCCUUCCACAAGAAGGACUUCUUCUUCCACUUCAAGAACCCGUCGCCACCGGCGCCGGCGUACACGCACCCCCACCCCGCGCCGCCGGUGUACGGCUACCCGACGCCGGUGCCGACGUACCACAAGCCGCCGACGCCAGCGUACUCGCACCCAGCGCCGGUGUACUCCCAGCCGAAGCGGCCGUCGACGCCGAUCUACCACCCGCCGGCGGAGGAGAAGAAGGUGGUGACGGUGCAGGACGCGGAGACUGAACCGGAGCUGUUCAAGAUGCUGCUGCCAUUGAUCAAGAAGAAUCCAUUGAUCCUCCCCAAGGUUCCAAAGAUCCCUCCUGUCGAGAAGGAGGCCAAGCCAUAGAUGAAGAUGCAAGCAUGAAUCACAUCAUUGGUGUGCCAUGAUCGACUCGAAGCCAGCAAACAUAUGUAGCUGUGGCUGCUGGUUUAAUUGCUUCGUUUCUUAGUUAAUUAUGUGUUUAGUUUCACAUCGGCUCUAGCUAAUUAUCUAUUCCAGCGAAUGUUUUUCUUGGUGAUCUGAUCACCUUGGUCUGUUGUUGCCUGAUGCUAUCAGGGUUAUUCAGAUAUAAAUAAAAGCUUUUGGUGAUUA